AUGGAAUACAACGCGGAUAAACCCCUAUUACGAGUUGUCGGUUUCGAAUACUUUCCGAAUCCACAGGCUCGUUUAUCCCUGGUGGUGGCGGUUUCGCCCCCCGAAUCCGACCAGCAAAAAAACUACCGCCGAAUUGAAUUGCAUACGGGGAAAAAGGAUCGGAGGGCUGCCGAGGUGGCGAAUUUUGCAAAGUUUAUAAUCGACAAAACGGGUAUAAAAUUUUCUCGUUCACUUAUAAAAGAUAGUAUUAUAAAUAAAGUCCUGGGGAUGUAA